GGCGGAGGCGGGGCGCUAGGACCGUGAGGCAGGACAGGGCAAACACUUCUGCUCAGACCGGAGACUUUUAUUUGUGGCUGUGUGUCUGAGCCGGGCAGGUUUCAGAAGAAGAAGGAGAAGCACUCUCGGUCCUGAGAGACUCCGCAUCUGGCGCUUUAUUUAUUUAUACACGCUGUUAUAAAGAGCGAGCGAGACUUUCCUCUUGUGGAGGAGGAACCAGAGAGAAACUACCUGCCGCUGACCGGAGAGGAGGAUGAGGAGAACCUGGGGAGGAACGAUCGAGAAGGAGCCGUCUGAUGGGGAGGAACACUUGACUGGGAUGUAAACACGAACCAUCGAUCUCUAAUCAGGAGUGUUUUCCGUCACCGCCAUGACGCCGCACCUGCUCCUGCUCCUCCUGCUCCUCCUCCCCGUCAGCCUGUCCUUCCUGCAGCCUCCUCACCACCCGCCCGUCCACAUCCCCACGCUGGUCCCUCACGCACCGACACCUCUCAUCCGCUCCCGCUUCAGCGCUCACGCUCAGCUGGACUUCACCACUCACUGCAACUCCAGCUGCUUCCACCGAGGAGAGCAGGAGGCCCCAAAGGAGGAGCUCACAGAGAAACUGGCCUUUGAGACGCUGUACGCUGACGGCACCCGCACUCUCACCACGGUAGAUGUGGAGGCUGAUGAGGACCUCGAUGGGGAUCACCUCGCCCUCCCUCCUAGAGUGAAGCCCCGGCACAGACGUGUGAGGCGUCAGAUCUACGGAGCAGACGGACGUUUUAACAUCCAAGGCGACGACUUCCUGUUGGAUUACCCUUUCUCCACAGCUGUGCGCAUCUCCACCGGCUGCACCGGCGUUCUCGUGUCUCAGCGGCACGUCCUCACAGCUGCCCACUGUGUGCACGAUGGGAAGGAUUAUGUGAAGGGGGCGCGCAAGCUCAGGGUGGGCUUCCUGAUUCCUCCGUCCAUCAACGGCACAGGUGUGGGCCUCAGUUCCGCGAAGAAGCCUCUGGUCCGCUGGGUGAGGGUGAAGCGUACCCGCGUGCCUAAGGGCUGGAUCCAGGGCCCUCAGGAGGUCAGCAUGGACUUUGAUUAUGCCCUGCUGGAGCUGCGUUGGCCUCACAGACGUCCCUUCAUGCGCCUCUCCGUGGCUCCCUCCUCUGAUGACCUGGCAGGGAAUCGCAUCCACUUCUCUGGUUUUGACAGCGACAGAUCUGGAGAGCUGGUGUACAGAUUUUGUCCAGUAGAAGAAGAGUCCAGCGAUCUGAUAUACCAACACUGUGACGCCCGACCUGGAGCCAGCGGCUCAGGAGUGUACGGCAGAGUGUGGGACAACAGCUUAGAGCGCUGGGAGAGGAAGGUCAUCGGCAUCUUCUCUGGACACCAGUGGCUGGAGAUAGACGGGGAGAACCGGGAUUACAACGUGGCCGUGCGCAUCACUCCUCUGAAGUUUGCUCAGAUCUGUUACUGGGUGCACGGGAACCGGCUGGACUGUGUCCAGGACUGAGAAGAUUUGACAGCAUAGCGUGAAAAAGAAAAGAAAGCACAAAGUGACUAUAAAAAUACAGGGUGAGACGUCUUACUUCCACUGAAGACAGACGAGUGAAACAGGAUUUGAUCCAUACAGAAAUAACACCUUUCAGUGACACACUCAGUUACUUUUGGAUCCAGUUCCACUGUAUGUGUUUAAUUUUCUCCCUGUAACCUCUGGGCCUAUUAAACAGAUCUGCCUGUGAGAUCAUCACCACGGCAUCUUUUAAUAAGUUUCUGCCUGCAGUCAGAUUAAUAACACGCUCAGUGUUUCCACAGUAUUAAACUAAACCACUUUUUACAAGAGGGGGAAAAAAAACACUCUUCUCUUCGUGUGUGCAGCGCGUGUCAGUAGCAGCAGAUUAUUUUCCUACUGUGGAUGACGGCAGACUAUUGACAUUUUACAUCUUUCCUGCUCUGUUUUCUGACUCUGGGGAAAUGGUUUGGUAUUUUAUAGCUCUUCAAAGAAAAUCAUUCAGCUUGUGGACAUCCACUGAUGCUUUUUGACGUUUCAGCAGACAGGAUGCUCUUCAUAGUGUGGUCAGAGUGACACGGUGUUAAUUUUAUUUUUGUGAAAAAUGCUUGAUAUAUAUUUUAAUAAACAGAGAUUUAUAGCA